CUCGCGGGCUCAAGGCAUGGUAUUCUUUCGAUACCUGUGAUGCCCGAUGAUUGGACGCCGGUGUCCGAUGAUCCUGAUGACCGCGCCGUGCCAUUGAACGACGUGGGCAAGGCGCGCCAUGUGAAGGAUGAAGGCUUUACGAGGCUGCACGAGACCGUGAAGAAAACCUCUGCGAGGCUGCACGAGAUCGUGAAGAAGAACAAAAGUGCCGUUGCCUUGAUCGGAGCGCUGCUCAUCGUGCUCGUCGUGAUGUGGUGGUUGUUGUACUACUUGGCGCAGCAGCAUUCAGAUUCUGUUAGCUCCUCCAGAGGGCCCCACGGCCAUCCUCCGAACAGGAUGACGCCGGGCGUGGACGGGAGCGCGUGGGCGAAGUUCCCGAGCGGGCUGCCGGCGCACUGCCAGCUGCAGCACCUCGACGAGCCACGCUUGCUCCACAUGGCGAGCACGCCCGGCCAGUCGUCGAAGGCGCUCUCGGGCACUGGUCGGGGGAGUGUGUCGCUGAAGACUUCGCGCGGCUUGUACUUGGUAGCCGACAGACAGACCAGGAACAUCUUCGUGCAGAAGAGCAUGAUGAAUAAGACGAGUAGUUCCAAGAAUGUGGGCCUUGAAGGCCAUUUCACGGCAGUACAUCAGGGGGGAUGCCAGGUGUCUUUGAGAACUUCCAGCGGCGACUUCUGGAGCGCCUUGGGAGAUGGUAUGCUUGAUGCGAGUUUCACGGAGGUAGGCGCAAGGGAGAUCUUUGAUGUGUGCCUCAAUUCGGAUGGUACGGUCGCCUUGCGCAUGUGGGAUGGUUCGUAUGUGGACGCGGAGCAGCUGGUGAAUAGAGAUCACAGGUUCGCUGUUUCUUCCUCCGAGUUAUCUUCUUCGAAGACAUUAUUCAGAACACUCGAACGUGGCGACGAUAAAGUAGCUUUGGCUUCCUGGUAUGGCACGUAUUUGUCGGUUGAUUCCAAUGGCAUCAUCACUGCGAACAGCACCAACGUCGACAAGUCAGAAUUGUUUACCAUUGAACACGUUUCAAAGGAUACAUUUCUAAUCGCAUUGAAGACGUCAUCUGGCAAAUAUGUUCAAAUAGAGAAUGGAAGUGUUGUGGCUACUUCUGGGAAGGUUUCGACAUGCGCUAAAUUCAACGUCAGUGAGAAAUCUGGUGAGUUCAUGAACCUCAAGGGUUGCCACCGGCAUAUCUCUGUGGAGAGAGUCCCAAUCUAUACAUUCUUCGGGUACCGUGCCGUGUCGUCGGAUGACAAAUUCAAGUUCGAAAAUGUGAAUAUAGGCAACCUUGCUGGAGUGAUGUGGUAUUUGCACAAUGAGGUUGUCGUUGAAACGCCUAACAAGUUUGGUAUCUCUCGUAUUGUCAGGGCCCGGUUCAGGGUAACGGCUCCGAUUGAGUUGGUAUCAGUCGGGAUGCAUUUUGGCGUGCGGUUUGCUUACGAUGCGGGAAUGUGCAAUGGCGCUGGGCAGGAGGAGUGGCAGGGCAACGGCUCGUGCGAUCCGUUUUACAAGAAAUAUGGCUACUUCGUAGGCUGCAACAACUUGAACAGCUACCCAUUCCCGAUGCCAUCUCAAGGAUACCCGAACCAUUAUCCUGGAGCUCGAUGGUACAGCUUGCCCGGCGAGUCUUUUUGCGGGGAGGGCGACAUCGUUCCUACAGGCGAGCCGGACUGCAUCUACAGUUACGAGCUCGCAGGGGAGAUCGACGUUGCUGAGUUGGCGGGCAUCGAGGACUACGAUGCAUUCGUGCGCCAGGGAGGGCGCGAGUACGAAAGAGCCUCAGACGUCGGCAAGUCAUGCGGCUUCUGGGACAAGAAGUUCGACACGGAUGCCUGCAACGAAAGACUCAAGGCUGCCGAGCACAUGUUCGCUGAGAAGCACCCCAGCAUGCCCCAGGAGACGAGCUCGACGGCCAGGAGCCACCGUGCGACUUCGACUGCUACCGAUUCUACGACGGCGACCCGUACGACCCGCCGGACCAGUGCAACGAGACGCUGGAGGCCGAGGUCGCGGCACAGACGCACCCGAUGUCGGCCCCCGCUUGGACGUGGGAUUACGGCAUGA